AAAGUUCUUUUUUUGUUCCGGUGAAGGGUGAACAUUUCCGGAGAUCUGGCUACGAGGGACAAUAUUUAUAUCUUUACCGACUUCGGUUUGUGGUAGACUGGUGCAAGUUUCCACUUUGCGACUUCCUGCGCCCACCUCAAGCAGCAGCAGCAGCAGCAGCAGCAGCAGCAACAACAUCAACAUGUCCCAGGCUCGGCUUACCGAUUUCUUUUCCCAGAGAAAGAGAGGUAUCACCGGUCCGGUCAAGCCAGCCAAGCAGCGCAGCCGCGGCUCCCGGGGGAUCAGCACCGGCGUUAGCAGCACACGGUCAAGAUCCGCUGAAAACAACGACGCUUUCCUUUGUUCGUCCUCUGUCCACGAAGAGUUCGUCCGAGUUAUCGACGAGGCAGCGGGGCUAAAAGAUGGAGAGUCUGCUGUCAGCAGCACCGCAAAAGUUUCCCCCGCCAGUCCCCGGACACCAAAGCGGACCUCGGCUGGCGCAGAGUUUGACCUCGGGGCAGCCGUGCAAUCAGCCACCGCCGACCACAGCACGGCCAAGAAGAGACGGCAAGCGGAGGGCGUUAAAGGCGCUAAAGCUAACAUCCCGGACAAAACAACAAGGAGGACGGCCAGAAAGAAAUUGGUCCUCCCUCAAGACGCACCAAAGGCUGCAGCCAGGCUCCCGUCCAGUGAGGUGAUCCAGCAGCCCUUAGCUCCAGCAGCCCCUGUGUCUGGACAGAAUGCCGAGAAGCACGUGGAAGUCAUCAGCAAGAAUACUGGAGGACAGGCCAGCGGGGCUCCGUUCAAAGAGGACAUUGCAGCCCUCAAGUCCCGCCUUCAGUGGAUCAAGAAACAUGCAGAGGAAAUAAUCAGCACUGCUUCAGUUUCCACAUCCUCCUCUUCCUCCUCUCCAGCUGGUCCUGCACCCAGAAAUACUAACCCCGCUGUCCCCAAAACCACCAUGCCCCCCACCUCUGAUGCUAAGGCCCUCAAGCACACUGUAGUACGAGCCAAAGAGCUCGCAGCUAGAGCUCAGAGGAGGAACGAGGAGAGAGAUGCUGAAAAGAGCAAGCAGAGUGAGGUGCAAAUCCAGGACAGCACUGAGCAGCCAGCAUACCAGCGGUACCACACCCUUGCCCAAGUGGCUCCCCCAGGCCUCUCCCUGCCUUACCAGUACAAGGUGCUGGCAGAGAUGUUCAGGAGCAUGGACACUGUGGUUGCCAUGCUGCACAACCGCUGUGAGACAGCCACGUUUGCCAAAGUCAAACAGGGAGUUCAGGACAUGUUGCACAAGCGGUUUGAGGAGAGCCAUGUGGGUCAGAUAAAGACAGUGUUUCCUGAGGCCUUCACAUUCAGACAGGAGAAGAACAUCCCAACCUUCAACAACAGCAUUAAGAAGGGCAACUACCAGCUCACUGUGGAGCCCAUCAUUCUCUCUGACCAGACUGAAGCACGUCCUGUCCUGUCAGCCUCUCGUCUCCUAGAGAGAAGACACGUAUUCCACAUGAACCUAGUCUCCAUCGUCAAACAGCACCACAAGGGGUUCCUGUCUUCAUUGGUUCCUCCAGUGUCUGUUCCAGAAGACAAACUGACCCGCUGGCACCCUCGCUUUAAUGUGGACAGUGUGCCAGGCAUCCAAACUAGUCUGCUGCCUCAUCCUCCUCACACUGAGAAACUGGCCACAGCUCAGGAGGUGCUGGACAAGGCCCGCUCACUCAUCACACCCAAGAUGGAGAAGGCUCUGGUUUCUCUGGCUCUGAAGACAGAAGAUAAAGCUGCAGAGAGUAAAGAGCCAACAUCUCCACAGAUCCCAACAGUCCCCCAAACAUCAGUUCCAUCAGCUGCCCCUGCACCUCAGGUCCCAACUGCCCUGAAAGGAGUGUCUCAGUCCCUGCUGGACAGGAUUCGGGCAAAGGAAGCCCAGAAGCUCCAGGCAGCCAUGACUCGAAACCCCACCCAAGAGGAGCGCCUGCUGAUGAUGUCACGGCUUGGAGAGCUGGCAAGGAUUGUCCGGAAUGUUUUUGUUGCAGAAAAGAAACCGGCUUUAAUAAUGGACGUGGCCUGUAACAGGAUGGUGGCCAGCUACAGGUCUGCUCUCAGCACAGGUGAAAUGGAGAAACAUAUCCGUCUGCUGGCAGAACUGGCUCCUGAUUGGCUGACUAUUCAUCCAAUCCGGAAGGACUUCUACCUUAAGCUGAACAAGAACAUGGAGCUGAGCAUUGUUCUGGACAAACUGAGCAGAAGACUGAGAGAGGAGGAGAGAGGAGAAGAGACUUCACAUUCAGACUGAAGGGACAAAAUGAUGACUGAGUUAUGUGGUGGCUUUUCACAGGGAACUGUUCACCGUCCUUGGGUCCCUGCUGUGUGGGCUUCAGUGAAUUUCACUGGUUUGUUGGUUUCAGAUAUCUGUAUCUGACAUUUUCACCACAGUGUGUUUUGUGGUAUGACCCAGUCAAACUGAUCUAGGCACAGCUUCACAACACCAGUAUGUCCCAAUAUCCUGGGGCCACAUAGUACUGACCACUUAGUCCGGGUAUUCCCUCUAUCCUCCUGUGUUGUCAACAGGUUGUUUUAACCACAUAGUUAUAGUUUUUUUUGUUUUGUUUGUUUUUGGUUUUUUUUUUCUUUUCUUUUCUAUCAAUGAAAGUGUUAUUAUUGGUGCACACAGAUCUGGUUCCAAUCUUUGUAGUGAUCCAUUUUCUACAUUGUAGAACUGAUGAGUUCUUUUUUUUUUCUUUUUUUUUUAAAGUCACUUUGAUAAUGUUUAAUGUUCUGACAAGCAUUUGUCAGAACUGUUUCCAAUAUUUUACUGUGAAUGCAAUUUAUCAAAUAGACCAAAGUCUGUAAAACAAAGGCAAUAAUUGUAUAAAUUGUUUGAAAGUGAUGGUAAACUAUUUCUGUCAAGAUUACACACUAUAAAGAAAGGAGAAAAUGGGGGUAUCAUGGGUGAUAGGAAGGGAAAAGCUUUGAUCACUAAUCGCAUCUUGUCAUGCAGAAAGUUGUGGUUUGUUUUACCAGACUGGGGUUUCUGCCACAACCACAGUACAACGGAGGUGACUGGAAUUUAAUUUCUGGUACUUGCAGCAAUUAAACAAAUAAUUUUAACAGCA